AUGGCCUCUCAAACCCCUGCCGUUGUCAUGGACAACGGUACCGGUUACUCCAAGCUUGGAUUUGCCGGUAACGAUGCCCCCUCCUUUGUCUUUCCCACAGCAAUUGCAACCAAGGCUGGUGCCGGUAGCGCUGGAAGCUCGGGUGCGCGGCCCUCAGUUGCGACAAAACCAUCUUUCCUGAGUGGUGGUGGUGGAGGUAGUUCUCAUCUGUCUGCGAAGCGUGGUACUGAGGAUUUGGACUUCUUCAUUGGCGACGAGGCUCUGGCUGCUGGCAAUGGUCCGGGAUACGGUGUGAACUACCCCAUUCGACAUGGACAGAUUGAGAACUGGGAUCAUAUGGAACGUUUCUGGUCCAACUCCAUCUUUAAGUAUCUCCGCGUUGAGCCCGAAGAUCACUACUUCCUCCUUACUGAGCCGCCACUUAACCCACCUGAGAACCGUGAAAAUACCGCUGAGAUCAUGUUCGAGUCCUUCAACUGCGCUGGUCUUUACAUCGCCGUCCAAGCUGUGCUUGCUCUCGCCGCCUCAUGGACCUCAUCCAAGGUUACGGACCGAUCCCUGACCGGAACAGUUAUCGACUCUGGUGAUGGUGUCACCCACGUUAUUCCCGUGGCCGAGGGCUACGUCAUUGGAUCUUCUAUUAAGAGUAUUCCCAUCGCCGGUCGAGACAUUACAUACUUCGUCCAGAGCUUGUUGCGUGACCGCGGUGAGCCUGACAGCAGUCUGAAGACCGCCGAGAAGGUAAAGGAGGAGUACUGUUAUGUGAGCCCGGAUAUUGUUAAGGAGUUUGCGCGUUACGAUCGUGAGCCCGACCGUUUCCUGAAGCACACUGUCACCUCCCCCAACGGCCGCAGUAUCUCCAUUGACGUCGGCUACGAACGUUUCCUUGCCCCCGAGAUCUUCUUCAACCCUGAAAUUUACUCGUCCGACUUCCUGACCCCGCUUCCCAACGUCGUUGAUGGCGUCAUCCAGUCCUCGCCCAUCGACGUUCGAAGAGGUCUCUAUAAGAACAUUGUCCUGUCUGGUGGUUCCACUCUGUACAAAGACUUCGGCCGCCGCUUACAGCGUGAUAUUCGUCAUCUGGUCGAUGCUCGUAUCCGUGCAUCCGAGGCUCGUAGUGGCGGUGCCCGCUCUGGUGGUCUGGAUGUUGCAGUCGUCACACACAAGCGCCAGCGACACGGUCCGUGGUUUGGAGGUAGUUUGCUGGGUCAGACACCUGAAUUCCGAAGCUACUGCCACACUAAGGCCGAGUACGAUGAGAUUGGUCCUAGUAUUGUGCGGAGAUUUGCUUUGCUCGGUGGGCCUGGAAGCUCAUAA